AUGCCUACGACGAAAGCACGCCGUGAGCGAAAGCUGCCGGUCCAGCAGCUCUCGAUCUUGGCAAUAUGCCGAUUUGCAGAACCCAUAGCCAGCACCUCACUCUUCCCCUACCUCCCAGAAAUGGUCAAGUCCUUCGGCGUCCCGGAGAACGAAAUCGGAAAAUGGGCGGGCAUAUGCUCGUCCAUGUUCUCCCUCUGCCAGGCCGUCAUGGGCAUUCCCUGGGGUCGCUUCUCAGACAUCUGGGGCAGGAAACCCGCCAUUCUCCUUGGACUCUGCACGACCAUGACCACGAGCUUGAUGUGGGGGUUCUCGACCAAUCUGCCUAUGGCUAUCGUUGCGCGAGGGCUGGCUGGAGCAGGGAAUGGUAAUGUCGGUAUUAUUCGGACGACGGUUGCUGAGAUGGUUCCGUUCAAGGAGUUGCAGCCUCGAGCCUUCAGCCUGAUGCCGCUGGUAUGGAAUAUAGGCAGCAUUUUUGGCCCUACCAUUGGAGGCGCGCUGGCCAAUCCGUACAAUGUAAGGCCUCGAGAGCAUAUCGAGCAUCCCAGUCUGCUUGAGAGGUUUCCGUACGCUCUGCCGAACAUUGUUGCUGGCUGCUUCUUUGCGAUUGGCAUCACCGUGGGGUUCCUGUACCUAGAGGAGACGUUGGACACUCUUCAGGGGCAGCGAGACUACGGACGCGUACUGGGUCAGAAGUUGUCUGGUAUAGUGAAGAGCCAUAUUAUGACCGCUGAGGAGAUACUGCAUCUGCGAAGUAGCAAACCAACGCCCGGCAAGGACAACGAACGGCAGCCGUUGCUGAAGUCGGCGGCCGACGAAGAGACGCUGGCGUUGGAACCAAAAGCUCCGCCGCCGCCUCCACCGUCGUACUCAGAAGUGUUGAACAGACAAGCCGUCUUAAACUUGGUUGUGUACACUCUGCUGGCAUUGCAUAACAUGGGUUUUGACCAGCUUCUUCCGGUCUUCAUGCAGCAUCCAACGCUCAAGCACAGGUCCUCGGACUCCUCUGGUAACCCACUGAAGUUCGCCGGCGGCUUCGGUCUCGACCACUUCCGUAUCGGUUUGAUCGUAACCGCCUACGGAAUCUGCGGCAUGGUGAUACAAUUCUUCCUCUUUCCACCGAUCGCACGACGCUUUGGUGUGCUGAAUUGCUUGAAAGCUUGCGCUAUCGCAUUUCCGAUAGCCUACUUCCUCAUCCCAUUCACUGCACUACUGCCGACGACGGAAAGCAGAGUGGCUUGCUGCUUUGCAGUUAUGAUGAUCAAGUGCUGGUGCUCAAUCUUCGCCUUUCCUUGCUCGACGAUCUUGCUCACUAACAGUGCGACAAGCUUGAGAGUCCUGGGUACGCUGAAUGGCUUUGCGACAUCCUUCAGUGCGGUUGGGCGAGCGGCAGGACCGGCCAUUGGAGGAUAUAUGUUCACGCUCGGGGUGAAGCGUGGCUAUGUUAUUGCUGCAUGGUGGACGUACUGUUUACUUGCGAUCAUUGCCGCGAUACCGGUCUGGCUCCUGGUUGAGGGCGAAGGGUUCGGUGGUCCGGACGAUCAUGUCAGCGACGAGGAGGAGGUGGAAGACGAUGGAGUGGAGCAAGCUAUGACCACAGGGGCUGGUGAAGGCGAAUUUGCGUUCACGCGACGAGGCUCUCAACUGGAAACUCCCCCAGAGCAGCGCGAAGAGGCAGAAGAGGAAGAUUAUGGCGGUUUCGAGCCAAUCACACGGACCACGACGAUGUCCUCAGCCUUCUCGCUUGGUAGCGACGAGUACAUCACGCCCAGUGGGAGCCGCAAUGUGUCGGUGGCAGAGGGCAGUUCCAGGGCUGGAGGCAGUGAGCCCGCGUUAAGUCGGAAGAGCUCAAGAAAAGUCAUGCGGCGGACGUCGAUACCAUUUGGCAUGGGUUCGGUCUCCAGGCGGUAUAGCAGCAAUUUGGGCCAGAGCUUGGGCACAGCCGGCAGCUAUCAUGGACAGUGA